AACUAGACACACCUCCGCCCCUCUCACCAACUUCGCCUUACGCCAUCUGCUAUUUAACCCGUGGCCUCCGUUUCGCAUGGCCCCUAGGCACUGCCUAUCUUCAACGUAGCUUCUCUCUCUCUCUCUUCCUCAAUUUCUUCCUCCACCAAACGUAUCGUCAGCAUGACCACCCUAAUUAAGCCAGCCGGUGGAGAUCCUCCCCCGCUCAGCCAAGACAAGCCACGCUGGGUCGCCCACCUUGAAAACAAUCUCCUUGCCGACGACGACAUCGACGAUGUCCAGCGAGAUCUGCUAGGCAUCCUGCGCGACAUGUUGGAAGCCCUCGGCGACGACAUUACGGCUAGUAGCAAAGCUGCACAACGAAUACUUGAAUACUGUGUGGAAGCUUACCCUAGCGCUUCUGCCCCGUCUGCGCAAUCCCACAGCAGCGAUGUGUUGGGUUUCAUAAAUGAAGUUGCAUCUUUGUCCUUCGAGCUCACUUGUGAGGUGCCGUUCCAAAGUUCCGAACACGAAAGGCUCGUCCGUCUCGUCAUUGACAUCAAGGGGCUUGGGCCGCAGGCUUUUGGUGUCGAGGAUCUUGACUUUCAGCCCUACGACGAGGCUGUCGGUAUUGCAGUAGAGACAUGCUGGAACAGGUAUCAGGUACCGAGUUCCAAGACAGAAAACGAGCUGAGGGAAAAAUGCGAAUCGGCUCUUAGCAUCGCCACCCUCUUUGCCAGGCUUUUUGAGGCAGGGAUCCUGGGAGUUCGGGGCUCGCAAUUCGCAGCCAUCUGUAUUGCUGAGGGUCUGGGAUUGAGAGAGAGCAGGGCGGUAGCACGUACCGAGCUCGCUCGAUGGUGUGAGGGAGCGAUAGCCGCGCAAUACAUCUUGAUUUCGGGGGCGGCGCUCGCCAACGAGAUCAGGUCUCCCUCUCAACGCCCGGUCUAUCCCUUAGGCAAAGACGAAUGGAGGGCUUGGACUGCUGGUUUCAAGACGCUUGCUCAGAAUACACCUGAAAACGCCGAAUGGAACCUAAAGCAAGAUGCCGCAAGGGCCCAUGAUAGAAUGGUUGAGCUGUUUCCGGAGCUGUUUCCAGAGCUGCUUGGUAACAAUUAGUAACACUUGUACAUGUACGUGUAAGCAGAGGUAAGAAGACUUCUAGUAGAGAAGUAUCAUUUACCAAAGACAAACACCCUUAUUAUUAUCAAUAUUCCAACAGAGAAGUUGGGUCGGUUCCUAACGAACCUUGCGGGGAUUGCGGCUUAUCUUUCUGUAGAUAAUAGCAAAGCCUAGAUAAAAGAUUUCCGUAGAGUAGUAGGCCAAUCCCAAUAGAACCAAUGGCCACGAUGCCAACAAGCGAUCUUGGCAACAGCACAACGGUCACCAGCGAGGCAGGCACACGAAGGGGGCCGUCUGACUUGGGCGGCUUUUAUCCAAGUAACGACAGAUACUGAAUCUUGGAGAAGCCAAGAGUAAGAACAGGGGGAAAGACCCUUUCCUAAAUACCUAGUGCCAAAGCCCGACGACCCUUCGCUGAGAGCUCGCCGUCCUGCAGAAUU